AUGGUAGGGAUAUGGGGAAUGUCCAACGUAGGCAAAACAACUUUGGCCAAAGCCAUUUAUAAUGAAAUGGAUCGCACAUUUGAGAGAAGGUGUUUCCUUUCAGAUAUUAGCAGAGAAGUUUGGGAGCAAGGUAAUGGCGUCUUAGUGCGUUUACAAAACCAACUGCUUCUUGAAAUAUGUAAAAUAACAAAUAUGAAGAUAAAUAGCAUUGAAGAAGGAACAAUCACAUUGAAGUAUAGACUUUGCCAUGAAAGGGCAUUUGUUGUGCUUGAUGGUGUUAGAGAACAUGAGCAUCUAAAUGCUUUAUGUGGAAGUCAUGAAUGGUAUGGUCAAGGAAGUAUAAUAAUCAUCACUUCUGUAAAUAUGAUUCUACUCUCAAGAGUGCAUUAUACAUAUGGAGUGAGAUUUAUGUGUAAAGAUGAGUCUAUUGAGCUUUUCAGCUGGCAUGCAUUUAAGCAAGCAAAUCCGGCAAAAGAAUUUAUUGGACUUUCUAGCGGUAUAGUUGCUUUAGGGGGAGUGCCACUAAUGCUUGAAGUCCUGGGCUCUUAUUUGUUUGGUAAAGAAGUGACAGAGUGGAAAGUUGCAUUGGAGAAACUAAAAAGAAAUCCUGAUAAAGAUUUACGAGACAUAUUAAAAAUAAGUUUCGAUGGUUUAAAUGAGGAAAUGGAGAGGUAA